UUACAUACGACCAGCUGUUUCUUACAUUCAUCGGUACCAGAAAUGAAAGCAGAGAAGUGACACUUGUCAGUUUUGUACAUGUUGACGUCAAAAUAGUUCCUAAUGUGUUAAUGAUUCAGUUAAUGGAAAAAAUACGUAACGUAGUUUAUAGGAAUCUUGUUUGAGGUUGUCUUUUAUUAUAAUUAAAUUGUGAUUCAAAUGUGAUAAAAUUGGUGUAAACAACCGUCGUUAAUUGGGAAAAAGCUAUAAAAACUACAAUAUGAAAGCGAGAAAAAAGUGCAGUACGCGAAAAUUAGCUAUAGCAUCAGUUGGUAAAUUAAGAAACCAAUUCAUAAAAAAGUUCGCGAGAGAAACUUCAUGGACGGAUAAAGAUUUAUUUAAAUUCAUCGAUGGUGAGUUUGUCAAUAAAAAUGAAGGUACCAAGUGGGUUAUGAAAGUAGCCAUCGAGACAAAUCAAAGGAGGAUCGUUGAGCUACUCUUGCAGAACGGUGCAGAGUUACAAGUACUGAAUGACUCGGGUCAAACGGCGAUUCAUCUGGCGGCAAAAAAUCGUGAUUUUAAAAUGGUUGAUCUGCUUUUCAAAUACUCUGGGAACGAAAAUUACUGCGACGAUGAAGGGUUCACGUAUUUACACGCUGCUUGCAUGACUGGCAACAUAGACAUGGUGCAGAAACUCAUUGAUCAAUCUGCAAAUCUCAGCAUCAUGUGCCAUGAUACGCAUCAUAGUACACCACCUUUGAUCUUGGCUAUAGAUGAAGGGCAGGUAAAAAUAGUAGAAUUACUUUUGAAAAAUGGUGCUGAUCCUGAAGUAGUAGAUUGCUAUGGUAAUAAGCCUAUACACAACCUUUUCACGUACUACUCUUUAAUUGAUCCCGAAUCUAAAAUGGAAAUUUUGAAACUUCUUAUUAGACACAAUUGCAACGUUAAUGCAAAAAACGAAGAUGGCUUUAGCCCUCUGUAUCUUUUUUACGAACUUUGUUGCUCUAUUAGAGGCGACGAAGCUCGUUCUGGACCAAAAAGGCACAAUGAUCAAUUGAGGUUUGAAAAAAAUCGACUAGAUAUAUUGCUUCAAAAUAAUGCCAAUGUUAAGGAAGUCUUUUUAAAUGGGCAAACGCUACUGCAUUUAUUUAUUCGUUCCAAAAUAUGCACAUUUAGUUACAUCGAUAACAAUAGCUAUUCGCCACAGUACUAUCAAAACGAAGUUGGUUCAGAAUUAGUCGAAACACUUUUGAAAUAUGGAGCCGAUCCAAACGCCAAAGAUGAUGACGGUGACUCACCUCUUCAAUUGGCAGUGCUGUGCUACAACUACGAUGUGGUCAAGGUACUUUUAGAUUAUGGAGCUCACGUACAAAGUAUUGACUUCUCGAAGAAAUUUUGGGAUUACAAUGAUCAUAUUCCGUGGGUAGAAGCGACACUUAAAUUUUUAAGAAUCCUUGAGCUUUUACAAAAUAAAGGAUUUGAAAUGAAUGAAUUUGCUGAAUUGAAAAUAUUAAAAUUCUUGAUCCAGCCUGAUGAAUCUUACACUACAAAGAAAAUCGAAAAAAUAUUGGAAUAUGGUUCUCUAAAGCAAUUCCAAAGGUUUUUUGAUCGAAUCAGACAAAAACAAUAUAGUGAAAAUAUGGAGAUCGAUUUUUUAGAGCUACAUACGAGACUUAGUCAUCACCUUCUGACCGUGAAAAUAGGAAAAAUGUUCAUUGAUAAAAAAAUCAAUGAUUGCCUUGAGAAAAUAUUGGAAUAUUUGAAAAAAGUAGCUGAUAUCGAUUUUCAGUACGAUUAUGAGAAAGAAAAAAUCGAAGAAGAAAUUGAAUAUAUCAAAACAAUAAAAAUAAAAGAUGAUGUGUCUCUUCACGAUGUUUGCAUAUGUAGUCCUAAUGAAGCAUGUCCCUUGCUGAAAAACUCAGAAUACUGGUCAGUUAUUAAUUCAGAUGAUUUCAAAAAUAAUUGCCGUUAUGUAUCAAUUACCAUUAAGGGUUACAUAAUAAAAAGUUUGAUCAGAAAAUUUUCACUAGCAGCUGGAUUGGAACCAUUGAUGCUACUGACACGGAGUAAUUUGCCUCUGUUGUUUUGCGAAAAAGUAAUCAAGUACUUAAGCAAUGAAGAUAUCUUGUCAGUAUGUGAAGUGGUUAGAACUGAAACUUGAAAAUGACUUUUGAUUUGUCCAAUAUACAAUUUGUUAUUAUAUUUUUCCAAUAAAAUGAUGGAGUAA